AUGACUCGACCACAACCAACUUUAAGGAGACAGGGGAGAAGAAUGAUUUUUGAUGUUUAUAAUUAUUUUUUAAAAGAAAAUAAUAUAACUGAUUCUCUGAAUAAAACUGCGGAAUCUACGAAAAAGUCUGUAUCCACAGUUAAAAGGAUUGUUAAAGAAAGUAAAAGUUCAGAGUUUAUAGUUACUUUUAGGACCCCUGGUAAAAAGGGGCAACGAAUAAAGCCAGUCACAGGCAUAGACAAUUUUGACAAGGGGGUAAUAAAAGGAUGUAUUCACAAUUUUCAUUUUACUGAAAAUGAAUUACCGACCCUUAGUAAAUUUCUUGCAAAAUUACGUACGUAUAUAAAAUUUGAAGGUUCUGAAAAAAGUCUUCGUCGCAUUAUUAAGGAACUUGGAUUUAAAUGGAAAGCCACUGAGAAUAAUAGGAAAGUUUUAAUAGAAACAUCAGCCAUCACAUUGUUAAGAAUAAAUUACUUAGAAAAAUUAAGACAGUACCGACAACAAAACAGACCAAUUGUAUACACAGAUGAGUCAUAUGUUAACGCUACUCACACCACAACGAAAGGUUGGACAGAUGGGUCAAGUAAAGGAAUAAAAAAACCCUUAUCAAAAGGGCAACGUGUUGUGAUAGUACAUGCCGGAUCGGAGACUGGUUUUGUGCCUAACGCUUUGUUACCGUUCAAGUCAGGUAUGAAGUCCGGGGACUAUCACGAAGAUAUGAAUUUUGAGGAUUGUGAGAAGUGGAUUCGAACUCAAUUGAUACCGAAUCUUCUCCAACAUUCAAUUAUAGUUGCAGACAAUGCAUCAUACUAUAAUAAGGAAUAUGACUUAGCACCAAACGCGAAUUUAAGGAAAGCUGAUAUGCAGGCUUGGCUUUCAGAAAAAAGAAUAACAUUUACGUCUGAAAUGUUGAUGUCUCAAUUAUACCAAUUAAUAAAAAAUAACAAAGAUCGCUUCAAAACAUUUAGUAUAGACAAGAUUUUUAAAGAACAUGGUCAUGACGUACUUCGCCUGCCUCCCUACUACCCAGAUCUGAACCCUAUAGAAAUGGCAUGGGCAGCAAUAAAGUAA